AUGGCUGAUGUGUCUAGUAUGACAUCAACACUUUUGGGCAAUCUACAAACAAAAUAUUUUCAAGACAUUGCUCUGGUAUUUGGUCUUCAGGAUGAAUUGGAGAAACUUCAAAGAUUAAUGGGAGUCCUCUCUUCCUUUCUCUUUGAUAGCGAGAACAAGCAUGCAGAUUAUAUGUGGUGGAGGGAAGUCAGAAAGGCACUUGAUGAUGCUAGACUCAUUUUUGAGGAAAUAGAGUAUGAAGCAAAACGUAAUGCAGUGGACAAAAUGCAUGGAAGCAUCCACACGAAGAUAUUCCAAUUCUUCUCAUGCUUUAGGAAUCCAUAUGCAUUUCGCAUCAAGAUAGCCAACAGAAUCCAAGAUAUAAUGCAGAAGAUAGAUGAGCUAAUAUCACAAGGAAGAGAGAGGGGAAUAAUUGAACAUGUCAACCCUCCAACUCGGGAGCUCACACCGGCAAAAAGUCUUUAUACAUGGGACCGAUUUAAGCAUGUUGUUGGUAGACUUGAAGAGAAAGAGAAGAUUAUAAAGUUAUUAAUGAGACAACAAUCACAUGCUAAUAACAUUGAUAUGAUAUCGAUUGUUGGGAUUGGAGGUUUGGGAAAGACUACACUUGCUCAAAUGAUUUAUAAUGAUGAUAGAGUGAAGGAGCAAUUUAAUAUGUUAAUGUGGGUGUGUGUGUCUAAUGAUUUUCAUUUAAAGAGGUUGAUACGAAGAAUUAUUGAUGCUGCCUCAAUUUAUCCUGAAGGGGAAACUAUGGAAUAUAUGGUAUCGCUUCUCAAUGAAAUGUUACAUGGUAGGAGAUUCUUACUGGUGCUAGACGAUAUUUGGAAUGAAGACCGCAGCAAAUGGGCUGCAUUGAAAAGUUGCUUAUUGAAGGCAGGUAGUGACGCAAAAUCAGAAGGCAGCAAAAUUAUAGUGACAACUCGUAGCAAGGAUGUUGCUUCUAUUGCUGGGAAUGGUCAUAUAAUCGAGUUACAACCACUUUCUGAGGAUGAAUGUUGGAAAGUGUUUGCAAACUUUGCAUUCAAAGAAGAGAAUGAAGAAGAAAAGUAUCCAUGGCUCAAGCAAAUUGGGAAAGAAAUUGUUGAAAAAUGCAAAGGAUUGCCCCUCGCUGCAAAAGUUUUAGGUUCCUUCCUAUACGAUAUCCGUGAUGAAAUGAUGUGGCAAGAAAUAAAAGAUGCAGAUAUCUGGAAUCUAGAGGAAUAUAGCUUGUUGUCAGCAUUGAAAUUGAGCUAUAAUCACUUGUCACCAAUAUUAAAGCAAUGUUUUUCAUAUUGCUCUUGUUUUCCAAUGGGUUAUGAAUACAGUGUUACUGAUUUGAUUAUGUUUUGGAUGGCACAUGGACUUCUCCAACCCACUCGUGAAGGGCAAGAUGAAGAAGAUAUUGGAACCUUGUAUAUUAUGGAUCUUAUUUCAGCAUCUUUGCUUCAAAUCGAACGUCCUCCUUUUUACGACUUCCUUCCUUUAGACAAUCCAAUGCUGUAUGAGACAUUCAAAAUGCAUGGUGUUUUACAUGAUUUUGCAAAAUUAACAAUGAAAGAGUUAGAUGAGACUAGAACCAUUGUAUUACCAUGGCUACAAGAAGAACGGGGAUGGGAAUGGGAAUGGGAAUGGGCAUCCAAGAAAUUCAACUCUGUAAAGGUGUUGCACUUACAACAUAUGGAAUUGAAGUUUUUGCCUGAUGAUUACUUUGCCAAUAUGAAGCUUUUAAGAUACCUCAAUCUUCGAGAUUGUAUUUUGGAGAAACUCCCAAAUUCUAUUUGCAAGUUGCAAAAUCUACAGUUUUUGAAUCUUCAUCGUUGUUACAAGUUACAAGAGCUUCCCAAAAAUAUGGAAAAUCUCAUCAGCCUUCAAGUUUUGUUUUUGACUGUCAAUGCUAUAAAUUUGUCCUCUCUGAAUAUAGGGCGCUUCCAACAACUUAAGACCUUAUUUCUUUUGGAUUGUGUGAAUCUAUUGUCCCUACCGGCUGCUAUCGGUUGCUUGAGUACUUUAAGGAAGCUAAUGAUUCAUGGGUGUGAUGAGCUGAUGAAUUUUGAGGAUGAAGAUGAAGAAGAAAAGCAACAUGUAGAAGAUCAUUAUUUAAACCUUAAAGUACUUGAGAUUGUUGGAUCACACAAGUUGGAAGCAUUACCUAAUUGGCUUAAAAGAGCUGGCAAAUUAGAAAGUUUGAGGAUAGCGGGUACAAGGAUAAAAUCAUUUCCAGAAUGGUUUCCAAUCUCCUCCUCUCUUGAGAGACUAUAUAUCUAUUCUUGUCCAAAAUUGUCAUCUCUCCCCAUGGCCAUGGAUCGACUUCAUCGUCUGCAACAUUUAGAAAUUGUUGAUUGUCCCAAAUUGUGGGCAAGGUACAACAAGCGUACAGGUCCAGAUGUGAACAAAAUUAAUCAUGUCCCACAUUGCAAGGUUGAUUAUUAUUAUUGA